AUGGCUAAAAAAUAUGAGGGACCUGCUAUUGGAAUUGAUCUUGGCACAACGUAUUCAUGUGUUGCUGUAUGGCAGGAACAAAACAACCGAGCAGAGAUAAUCCACAAUGAACAAGGAAAUAAAAUCACACCUUCUUUCGUUGCUUUCUCUGGUGAUCAAAGGUUGAUCGGCGAUGCUGCUAAAAAUCAAGCUGCUUUGAAUCCAGCCAACACUAUCUUUGAUGCCAAGAGGUUGAUUGGAAGGAAAUAUAGUGAUUCUGUUAUUCAAAAUGAUCUACAGUUGUGGCCCUUUAAGGUCAUUGCUGGUACUGAAGAUAACCCUGUGAUUGUUGUUAACUUCAAGAAUGAGGAAAAGCUCUUUGUCGCGGAGCAAAUUUCAUCUAUGAUUCUUACAAAGAUGAAGGAGAUAGCAGAGAAGUUUUUGGAGUCAAAAGUUAAAAAUGCUGUGAUUACUGUGCCUGCUUAUUUCAAUGACUCUCAGCGAAAAGCCACAAAAGAUGCUGGUGUCAUUGCUGGACUCGAUGUGAUGAGGAUAAUCAACGAACCAACUGCUGCUGCUCUUGCAUAUGGCCUACAAAAGAAAGCUAAUUAUGUUGAAGAGAGAAACAUUUUCAUCUUCGAUCUUGGUGGUGGAACUUUUGACGUGUCUCUUCUCACAAUCAAGAAUAACGCCUUUGAUGUGAAGGCUACUUCCGGAGAUACUCACCUUGGAGGAGAGGAUUUUGAUCAUAGAAUGGUAAACCACUUUGUGAAGGAGUUCAAGAGGAAGCAUAAGAAGGACAUUAUUGGAAACUCGAGGGCUCUUAGGAGAUUAAGAACUGCUUGUGAAAGGGCAAAGAGGACACUUUCAUUUGACACUGAGACCACAAUUGAGAUAGAUGCGAUAUCCGAGGGUAUUGAUUUUCGUUCAUCAAUUACUCGGGCCAAGUUUGAUCAACUCAAUAAAGACCUCUUUGAAAAGUGUAUGGAUACCGUUGAACGUUGCCUUGAUGAUGCUAAAAUGGAUAAGGAUCUUGUAGAUGAUGUUGUUCUCGUUGGCGGUUCUUCUAGAAUACCUAAAGUGAAGCAGCUUUUGCAAGAAUUUUUCAAUGGAAAGGAUUUGUGCAUGAGCAUAAAUCCUGAUGAGGCUGUUGCAUAUGGUGCUGCUGUCCAGGCUGCAUUAUUAUGUGAGGGCAUCAAAUCUGUUCCAAACUUAGUGCUGCGAGAUGUUAUACCGUUGUCACUUGGUAUAUCAACCAAAGGAGAUAUCAUGAGUGUGUUGAUUCCGAGGAAUUCUUCCAUUCCUAUAAAGAAGAAGCAUGUCUUCCUCACAUGUGUUGAUGACCAGAGCAUUGUUUCAAUUAUGGUGUAUGAAGGUGAGAGAUUAGUAGCCAGUGAGAACAACUUGCUUGGAUUGGUUAAUCUCUCCGUUCCACUUGCACCUCGUGGCCUUCCGAUCCAAGUAAGCUUUGCUAUAGAUACGGAUGGUAUAUUAAAUGUCUCUGUUGAGGAAGAAACCAGUGGCAAUAAGAAAGAUGUUACUAUAACAAAAGAAAAUGGUCGACUAUCAACGGAAGAAAUUGAGAGAAUGAUUCAAGAAGCUGAGAAUUUUAAGGCGCAAGACAUGAUGUUCAAUAAGAAAGUUAAGGCAAAGAAUGCUCUGGAUGAUUAUCUUUACAACAUGAGGAAAGUAAUGAGGGACGAUAGUGUUAGUUCGAUGCUUACAUCAAUUGACAAAAUGAAGAUCAAUUCUGCAAUGAUAAAAGGAAAGAAAUUGCUUGAUUGCAAACAUCAAAAAGAAACAUUCGUGUUUGUGGACUUUCUAAGGGAGCUAGAGAGCAUCUUUGAGUCUUCUUUGAACAAGAUCAACAAAGGUUACUCGGAUGAGGAGAGUGACUGUGACUGA